AGAGCGUGAGUGAAGGAAAGGGCGCUCUCCAACCGGAAAAAAAUAACGGGGGCAAGCUCGAGGGGUAAGCUUAAUUGUAAACGACAUGCGAUAGCACUGAAAUAGGUUCAUGUGAAGUACUAGGAUACAGAUAACCGUCCAAUAACGCCUCCGGGAACUCGCAAGGAACAACGCCGACAUACUGAAGACGCGAAAGCAGGAGAGAUGGAUGUAAAGGAUCAAGGAGCUCAGAUGGAGCCGCUUCUGCCGCCGGUUCACAGUCCAGGGAGUGAGAGUGAAGCGAGGAAUGAUGAGGAAGCGGUAUUGGACAGAGGUGGGACGCGGUCCAUGCUCAACACCAACUUUGAGAAGGAGGAGCUAGAGGGCCACCGUACACUCUACAUUGGUGUCCAUGUGCCACUCGGCAGAAGAUCCCACAGACGACACCGUCACCAUGGACACAGACACAGGAAGAGGUCCAGAGAAAGGGAUUCUGGGACGGAGGAUGGACGAGAGUCCCCCUCAUACACGGACACCCCUUCCCAGAGGGUGCAGUUCUUGCUGGGGACGGAGGAUGACGAUGAGCAGCACAUCCCCCACGCCCUCUUCACUGAGCUGGACGAGAUCUGCUUGCAUGAGGGAGAGGACGCCGAGUGGAAGGAGACAGCAAGAUGGCUGAAGUUUGAGGAGGACGUGGAGGAUGGUGGGGAGAGGUGGAGUAAGCCCUAUGUGGCCACUCUUUCGCUGCACAGCCUGUUUGAGCUGCGCUCCUGCAUCCUCAAUGGCAUUGUCAUGCUGGACAUGAGGGCCAACUCCUUGGAGGAAAUAGCAGACAUGGUGUUGGACCAGCAUGAGACGAGCGUGUCCCUGGGGGAGGACGUGCGCAGGAAGAUCAAGAACGCGCUGCUCAAGCGCCACCACCACCAGAACCAGAAGAAGCUGGCCAAUCGCAUCCCCAUCGUGCGCUCAUUUGCCGAUAUUGGCAAGAAGCAGUCAGAGCCACACUCCAUGGACAAGAAUGGAGGUCAGAUGGUGUCCCCACAGUCCCAGCCCACUGCCACGGAGGGCGGCCGGGGUGACGGCAGUAGGGAGAACAGCUCAGUUGACUUCAGUAAGAUAGACCUCCACUUCAUGAAGAAGAUCCCCCCUGGUGCAGAGGCCUCCAAUAUCCUGGUGGGCGAGUUAGAGUUUCUUGAAAAGCCUGUGGUGGCGUUUGUGCGCCUUUGUCCUGCCGUGCUGCUUAACGGACUGGCGGAGGUGCCCAUCACCUCCAGAUUUCUGUUUAUCUUGUUGGGGCCGAUGGGGAAGGGCCCCCAGUAUCACGAGAUCGGCCGUUCCAUCGCCACACUGAUGACAGAUGAGGUGUUCCAUGAUGUGGCGUAUAAGGCCAAGGAACGCAAUGACCUGGUGGCUGGCAUUGAUGAGUUCCUGGAUCAGGUCACCGUACUGCCACCAGGAGAGUGGGACCCCACCAUCAGGAUAGAACCCCCUAAGAAUGUGCCCUCUCAGGAGAAGAGGAAGUUGCCACCAUUACCCAAUGGUGUCACAGACCUGGGAGAAGCAGAGGAGCCCGGGGGUCAUGGAGGCCCUGAACUGCAGCGCACAGGGAGGAUCUUUGGUGGCUUGAUCCGAGACAUCAAGCGCAAGGCCCCCCACUACCUGUCGGACUACACAGACGCACUGAGCCUGCAGUGUCUGGCCUCCUUCCUGUUCCUCUACUGCGCCUGCAUGUCCCCCGUCAUCACCUUUGGAGGCCUGCUGGGGGAAGCCACCGAUGGACGCAUAAGUGCCAUUGAGUCCCUGUUUGGUGCCUCCAUGACUGGCAUUGCCUACUCUCUGUUUGCUGGACAACCCCUCACCAUCCUGGGGAGCACUGGGCCCGUGCUCGUGUUUGAGAAGAUCCUCUAUAAGUUCUGCAAGGACUAUGGCCUGUCCUACCUCUCUCUGCGUCUGUGCAUUGGUCUGUGGACGGCCUUUUUCUGCUUGCUGCUGGUUGCCACGGACGCCAGCUCGCUGGUGUGCUACAUCACACGCUUCACGGAGGAGGCCUUUGCUUCCCUCAUCUGCAUCAUCUUCAUCUACGAGGCCCUGGAGAAGCUCAUCCACCUGGGAGAACACUACCCUUUCAACAUGCACAAUGACCUCAACAAGCUCACACAGUACUCGUGUGCGUGUGUGAUGCCGCCGGAUCCCAGUAACGCCACAUUGCAAUACUGGGAGAAGAACAACAUCACAAGCACUCUGGUCGACUGGGGGAGCCUGGAUGUUAAGGGUUGCAUACAAAUGCAAGGGCACUUUGAGGGAAGUGCAUGUGGGCAUCACGGCCCGUAUGUCCCCGACGUCCUCUUCUGGUCAGUGGUGCUCUUCUUCUCCACCGUGGCCAUGUCCUUCUUCCUCAAGGAGUUCAAAACCAGCCGCUACUUCCCCACCAAGGUCAGGCAGGUCAUCAGUGACUUUGCUGUCUUCAUCACUAUCCUCACCAUGGUCCUAGUGGACUAUGCCUUGGGUGUCCCCUCUCCAAAGCUUCAGGUUCCCAGUAAGUUUAAGCCAACCAGAGAUGACCGUGGCUGGCUGAUCAGUCCCUUGGGCCCUAACCCGUGGUGGACAACCAUCAUCUCCUGCCUCCCAGCACUCCUCUGCACCAUCCUCAUCUUCAUGGACCAGCAGAUCACCGCCGUCAUCAUUAAUCGCAAGGAACACAAGCUGAAGAAAGGUUGCGGAUACCACCUGGACCUGUUUGUGGUGGGUGUGAUGCUGGGCGUGUGCUCCAUCAUGGGGUUGCCAUGGUUUGUGGCGGCAACAGUUCUCUCCAUCUCACACGUCAACAGCCUGAAGCUGGAGUCGGAGUGCUCAGCGCCCGGCGAGCAGCCCAAGUUCCUGGGCAUUCGCGAGCAGCGCUUCACCGGACUCAUGAUCUUCACCCUCAUGGGCUGCUCCGUCUUCAUGACCUCUGUGCUCAAGUUCAUCCCCAUGCCUGUGCUGUAUGGGGUGUUUCUCUACAUGGGUGCGUCCUCCCUCAGGGGUAUUCAGUUCUUUGACCGUCUGAAGCUCUUUGGGAUGCCAGCGAAGCACCAGCCAGACUUCAUCUACCUGCGUCACGUUCCACUGCGGAAGGUCCACCUCUUCACCAUCAUCCAGCUCACCUGUCUGGUGCUGCUCUGGGUCAUCAAGACCUCCAGAGCAGCCAUAGUCUUCCCUAUGAUGGUGUUGGCUCUGGUAUUCAUUCGUAAACUGCUGGACUUCGUCAUUAGCAAGAGGGACCUAAGCUGGCUGGAUGAUCUAAUGCCAGAGAGCAAGAAGAAGAAACUAGAAGAUGCAGAGGAAGAGGAGGUCCACAGUGGAGUGUUGGAGGACGAGGGCAUAGUCCAGGUGCCCUUGGAGGGACACUACAAGGAUGACCCCUCCACAGUUAACAUUUCUGAUGAGAUGACAAAGGCCUCUUUUGGUAAUGUUUUUAAAGGCCUCAACCCAGAGAACACCAAAAAAGACAUGACUUCAAAAAGCUCCCCCACCUAAACUUCCUAGAAGCUGAUUGGCCAAAGUUUUCCCGGAGCAAUGAGCCGAAGACAUGAUCGCCAAAGAGAUGUCGAAAAAGGCUUGGACAGGGAGACCAGUUUGUGACAUUUUCCCCAUUUCAUCACUGUUUAAUAACCUACACACCUAAACACACAAAUGUACUCUCUCUCUCUCUCUCUCUCACACACAAACACACACACACACACACACACACACACACACACACACACACACACACACACACACACAAAUGGACACAAAUCACCUACAUGCAUGUAUAACUGUGCCACAUUCCAAAACUUCUAUACGUUCCUUUCAUAUUUGUCUGUGUUUGUACAAGUUGUGUAAACCUCCAAGAAGCCAUUGCACCAUUUUCUGUAGUCUGUAUGUGUGUGUGCGUGUGUGUGUGCGUGUGUGCGUGCGAGUGAGCGUGCAAGCGUGCGUACGUGCAUGCGUGCGUGCUUUUCUGUGUUAGAGUGUGGGUAUGUGUGUGAUGUAUCAGUACUAGUGGAAGGGGUGAUGACACAGGAGUUUAUCAGUGUGAAGUUUCAUACUGAGUAAUGGUCCACAAUAACAUUUUUUUUUUCAAAUGAAUAGUGUGUAUUUUGUAUGUUUUUUUUUUAAUUUAUUUUUCAACUUUCAAUAUUCUCCUUUUGAAAAUGAUCUCAUAUAUAAAAUAUAUCCAUUUUUGUAUGUAGCUUAUUUGAAAGUGCUAGAAAUAGAAAUGAAGAAAUGUACUCAGUAGAUAUUGUGUUUCUGUCUGAAAUGUUCUUAAAGCAAAUGUAUCACAAAAUUACUAAAAUCUUGCAAUCUGCAAUUGUAAUAAAUGUAAACUGUCAGUAUAUUAGCAGUAUAUUUCAAAAAGUAUGUUCUUAAAUUCUUAUGAAGCACAUCUUGAAUGCUUCAGUACAUCCAUACUUUCUUAGUGGAUGCUGUUUUAUUUGUAUUUUAUUUCUUUAUUUUUUUGUGGCAGAAUCUUUGCCCAAACUCACUGUCAAUCUUUGAUAUUUGUUCUUACCUUCCAUUUUCAUCCAUUACAAUCUCAGCUGACUUGUUGUAACCCUUUAUAGGAGUUGUGAGUUGGCAUGUUUUGAAUGCAGAAUAACCAACCAUUUACAGAUGAUAAGGGAGGGUCGGAUCAACAGUAUAGUAUAUAGAAAGCUUACAUAUAUAUUUU